AUGCGAUUUCAUAUGUUUUCGGUGGACCACAAGUCGCUUUCAUUACGUGGACCUAACACACGCAACAUGGAACGCCACGCGCUCCAAAUCGUGCUGCUCGCUUUCCUCCUGGCUGCCGCGGUGCCCUGCGCCGCGUCUGAGGCCUCUGGAUCAGAGCCUGAGCCAGAUUUCACCGUUACCAUUAGCAAAGAGGGAAUUACAGAAAACAGCCAACGGGAGUUCUCGCUCGGCCCUUCCGCCACUCUCCGCGUUGUCGACGAGACCGGCAAAGCGACUCUCCUGCCCGCUCCGAGCGCCGCCGCCGAAGGUGAGGCGGGACAGUACAGCGUCGCGUACGUGUUUGAGAACGGGCAGUGCAACUUCGAAAAAACAGUCGCAUACAAGGACGCCUUCCCUGGCUACUCGCAACAAUUAUGGGUCCGUACCGGAACUGAGGCUGGGACCGAGGAGGUGGUUGCAGGAGAAGUUGGGAACUACACAUUUACGAAUCCUCCUGAUGAGUAUUUGAGUGGAGGGGGCAGUUUCUGCGUGAGGUUCACGACAUCCCAAUCGACGACAACCACCACCACGCCAACGACGACAGACACACAAGCGACAAAGACAAAUGCAUCUACAUCCGCGGUCGGCUCACCCCCUGGCUCCGAAUCUUCUGGAGAAUCGUCCACCGCCCAGAGUCCAGAAGCCUCACAUGGUGGCUCCCAGGGAUCCCAAAAUCACGAAGAAGAGGCAGAGGGUGCUUCAGCAGAAGAGAAAGUGCGCAGCGCCGCUGAAGCAUUUUAUUACCACCAUGGUGAGGACCGAGGAGAUGCCCCCAUCACAGUGGAAAACGUGGAUGUCCCCGUGGCGAAACAACCAUCCCCCACACCAAAGCAGGAAGAAUCUGCCCAAACUCCUAGUCAGUCGAGUUCCCCCGGUGAGCUCCCCGCGCAGGACCUCGCCGCACAAGAUGUGAAAACUACCGCAUCUUCCACAUCGGCGAGUAGGGCAGCUCCAUCCGCCACAGAAGAACAAGAAACAGUAAACAGUCCUGCCGUCGGAACGAUACUGCCGCCCAGCACACUCGUCGACACUCCGGACAACAAAGGUACUGACGGUGAUGUCCACAGUCGCUUGAGGAGGCUUUCAGACUCAGAUGUUUCCGAAGUGAAAUACUUAACGAUCGUCGUGCACUCCGAUGCUGACUGUUCUACGGCUGGAACAUUGACGCUGUCAGCUGCUCUGUUGGCUUUGACAGCCUCAAUCCUGUCCAGCUUCUAA